GCUGCUGCUGCUGUACUGCCUGCCCUCACGUACUCGUUCACCAUGCCUGAUGACGGCGAAAGGCGACACGAUGAAUGUUGUAAACAGCAGGGAACCGAGGGGUCGAGGUCUCUGCACCCCCAACUGGGCUCGAGGUUGCCGUUUUUCCUUCCCUGGGUUCCCCGACCUGCAGCGGGAGCGGCGGAUGCGAUGCCAACGCCGCCGGUCUUGACUGAGUCUUGCGGCUUCAAGCUCAUUAUGGGCACCGUGGGAGGGGCAGGAAUGGGCUUCGUGUUCGGUUUGUUUCUCGGGGCGAUGGGCGAUAUGCAGCCGUUACAGAUGAUCAACGGACGGGAGGUCCCUCAGGCACCCUUCAGAGAACAGGCGCGACUGGCCUACAAGCAAACCGCGGACCGAUCGCUUAGCAUGGGGAGAAAUUUUGCAUCGUUUUCAGCUAUUUUUAUGGGGUCGGAAUGCGUCAUCGAGAAAAUGCGCGGCAAGACUGACAUGAUGAACUCCGUCUACGCGGGGUGCGCGACAGGGGCGGCCUUCGGCAUGAAGCAAGGCCCGCAGGCGGCAUGUUUCGGCUGCGUGGGGAUGGCCACGUUCUCUGCGCUUAUGGAUAAACUCAUGGGGCACUAGGCACUCUUUGGCAGUAACAUUUUGGUCAGGAUAAGAUGUGACGGAGCGGUCAGGCUGGCCACUGUCGUCAAGAAGCGAGCUCUUCCUGUCGUACAAAUGGGGGCACGACAACGUACUGCAGCGCGAAACAACACUACGAUUAUCGCGUGUUUUCGACGAUCUGCCUGCGCGGAAGGAAGAGCAGGGCUGUCUGUGUCACUGCUGUAGGUGUUCACGAUACAUGUAGAGAAAAAAAAUCUGUGUGAGGUGCAAGCCGGGUUUGUUUGGUUUCGGUUCGGUAGCCCAUGGCGAGCGCAGUGCCGGCUGUUGGAAAAUGCCUUUGCGAGUGCCUGCAGCCUUGCAGUGCACCAUUUGUGCAGGGUACACAAGGUGGCAUCGAUUUUUGUGAGACGAUGACAACGAGAAUGUCCGCCGAACCGGGCCAGCCGUCAUGUACAGUAGUGGGAUACCAUAUUUUCAGGGGUUUGAUUCAUCAGUCACACCGUUGGGGUGCGUAUUGCUCGCUCUCAAGCCUCGACCCUCUUCUUUUUAUCUGCUGCCGCCGACCACUACCUAUAUCUCCAAUCCCACCGGUGGGUAUAGUCUGCAAGUCAAACCAAGCGUCUGGGGAAACACGCCGUGGAAAAGAAAAAAAUCCUCCAUCCUACGUCUCUUAACACAUGACCAGCAAUGAAAUUCUUUGCAAUUCUUAUUCUUUCAAUUUCUGCUGUUCUGGCACAGCGACAGACACAGAAAUUCGUCGGUUGGAUCCUCUCAGCCAAACCAAGCAUCUGGGGAAAAAUGUCGUGGACAAAAAAAUAUUAUCCUCCAUCCUACGUCUCCAACAUAUGACCAGCCUAUGAAUUUUCUUUGCAAAUUUUUGUUUUGCUAGCACAGCGACACAGAAAUUCGUCGGCUGGGUCCUCUCAACCGACACACACCCAUCCACCCACCGACUUUCCCACUUCCUACCAAUAUAUUCCCCGACUCUGAUUCUUCACAGUACCACCCGCGCACAGUAAGCACAGGCUAAACAGUCGUUUGUGAAAUGCUUCCAACAGACGAAAUCCCGCUGCUACAUACUUUGGCCCUGCCAUUGCCUGGCAACCCCCGCUGGAGACAAGGAACCGUCCUCCUGUUUUACGUUCUGCAUGAUACGGCCAAAACCAAACGCCAAAACCGAGCGUCGUUGGUUGCACUGCGACAUGCAAACUAAUGUGAAAAAUACAGCAAGGUAACAGAGAAAGAAAGACAAAAACAGCAGAGAACCAAAGCAAUAACCUCGACUGCCGCGGGCAACAAGCAAAACACACCCGGCAAAAGAAAAUCGAAGCAGCACUAAGCGUGAAGCGCCAUUCCCCCCUACACCACCACCCCCUCCGCCCCGAUGCCCGCAGACCGGAAAUGGUGCCAGUUCCAACUUCAAAACGUUCAGCAGCUCGUCGGUGCCAUCAACUACCUCUCUUGCUCCGUGCCUUCUUCUCUGGACGCCUCUCUACCCUUCCACCCCCAGGUCUCUCACACCACCCGCGCGGAGCUUUUCUGAGGUUAAAUCGAUGGCUUGAGCACCCGCCGCCCACUCCGUGCAGACAAAAACAUAUUGGUGUUAUUCCAUCUCCGUUCUCCUUCGGGUCUCCGUCCUUGCCAAGGAAUUUUCCAUGUGCGGAACGCUUCUUCUGUGGCACUCAGAGCACCUUCACUCUCACCCGACCCGACGUUGCCUCGCCACGCCCCCCACGUCC